CUGUUUUGGGCCUGUCUCACGGCUCUAGACGGGCCACGUGCCGGCACGACCCGAUUGUAUACGUGCUGGGCUAGGCCCACCACUGGCCGGGCACGCGGGCUAUCGGGCCGCCACGCCUGGACCGGCUAUUCGGCCUGGUUUGGCGGUGCACACCCCGGCCGCGCCCUUUCUGCAGGGAAACUCUACAGUUCUUUUACCCAGUGGAUCCAGAGAGACAGACUAGUGGGUCCUACCUGAGCACUCUCCUUCCGCGGCAGUGCAAGUCGGAAUUCCGUGCAAAGCCAUGGCCUCCGAGCAAUCGUCGCCAUCUCCAUCGCCGCCGCCGCCUGCUCCCACCACCGUAAUCGAUCUCGGCGACGAUCUCCUCCGCGAAAUCUUCCUCCGCCUCCCCUCCCUCCCGAGCCUCGUCCGCGCCGCCCUCAGCUGCCGCACCUUCCUCAGCGCCGUCCGCUCGUCCCCCGUCUUCCGCCGCAGCUUCCGCGCGGCCCACCCACCCCCUCUCCUCGGCUUCUUCUUCGACCCCGACGGCCCCGCCAUCCCUGCCUUCGCCCCCGUCCGCCGCCGCUCCGACCCUGACCUCGCAGCCGCCGUCCGCGGCGCCGAUUUCUUCUUCACCCGCCUCCCCGACGACGACGACGCCUCCCCUGGGUGGUUCGUGUGCGACUGCCGGGGAGGCCACGUGCUCCUCUGCAACGGAAGGACGGGGCAGUUCGCCGCCUACAACCCCCUCACAGGGGCCCUGGAUCUUGUCCCUCCGACGCCCGACGAGUUCUUCGACGACGGCCACGGCCUUACCUCGCACCUCGAUUGCUUCAUCCUCGCCUCCGAAGAGGGCGACGGGCCGUUCCGCCUUGUCACUAUCUGUCACGACGAGUCGCGGGCGCGCGCCGCCGUCUUCUCGUCAGAUAGCAGGGAGUGGCGGAUCUUCCCGUGGUCUGAGGCUGUGGAGCCACUGCCUGAAGACGAACACUGGCUUAAAGUUGGCACGAUGGUGAAUGGGUUCAUCUAUUGGAUACAAGCAAAUGAAGCCGGCUUGCUCGUGCUGAACACCGCAACGCUACAUUUCUCUCGGAUGGAUCUGCCACCAUUCUUGGAAGGGAAAAUUCACCUUGUGUGGCCUGGGGAGGCCAAGGAUGGGAGGCUUUGUAUCGUUUGCCCAGUUGACUUUGGUAUCCAUGUUUGGUUCUGGCGAGCUGAUGAGGACGGCUUCGAGAGAUGGAUGCUAGAGAAGAAGUUUCAGUUAGAGUUAAAGUCGAUUGUUGAGGCCACUGGGGGCUCACUAGAAGAUGUUGAGCUGCAUAUUGUGGAUACUAUUGAUGGGUUUGUGUACUUCUCUACUGGUGAAACGUUCCAUAAUGUUCAUGUUCCUUCGUGGUUCCUGUCUUUAUGCAUGGAGACGGCGAAGCUGGACAUGCUCUUUCAGAAGAGAUGUGACAGGCAUGUCCGGCCCUACAUCAUGCCAUGGCCUCCCUCUUUGGUAAAUAAUAAGUUGUGCCCUCUACUUGAAGGAGAAGGUGCUUGACGAUAUGCUGGCAAGGUAUCAUAACGUUUCGUUCUAUCGUCCACUGUAUGGAUUGUUCAAGUAUUGAUAUUCUGAAGAUGAGAAAGAGAAGUCCAUUAU